UGCGCAUGCGGGUGACCCCGCAGAAAGGAAUGGGCGGGGCCUAGUGGGUGUGGCCAACAAUUCUCGCUGGCCCCGCCCACCUCUGUGAGGUAUAAAGCCCCCUCCAACUCCUGCCUGGCUCAACCGCCUAUCCUGGAAGACAAGCAAACGAACUUAUCAUCAUGUCUUCCAAGUCGUCUAUGGUUCUGGGUUACUGGGAUAUUCGCGGGCUGGCGCACGCCAUCCGCCUGCUCCUGGAGUUCACCGAUACAGCGUAUGAGGAGAAGCACUACAUUUGCGGGGAAGCUCCUGACUAUGAUCGAAGCCAGUGGCUGGAUGUGAAAUUCAAGCUAGACCUGGACUUUCCUAAUCUUCCUUACCUGAUGGAUGGCAAGAACAGAAUCACCCAGAGCAAUGCCAUCUUGCGCUACAUCGCUCGCAAGCACAACAUGUGUGGUGAUACUGAGGAAGAAAAGAUUAGAGUGGACAUAAUGGAAAAUCAAAUAAUGGAUUUCCGCAUGCAACUGGCACGACUUUGCUACAACUCUGAACAUGAUAAAAUGAAACCUCAGUACUUGGAACAGCUGCCUGGACAACUAAAACAAUUUUCCUUGUUCCUGGGGAAGUACUCAUGGUUUGCAGGAGAAAAGCUCACCUUUGUGGAUUUCCUCACCUAUGAUGUCUUAGACCAGAACCGUCUAUUUGAACCCAAGUGCCUGGAUGAAUUCCCAAAUCUGAAGGAUUUCAUGUGCCGCUUUGAGGCUUUGGAGAAAAUAGCAACCUAUCUGCAGUCCGAUCGCUGCUUCAAGAUGCCCAUCAAUAACAAGAUGGCCAAGUGGGGCAACAAGUGUAUAUGCUGAGCAAGAAACAGAAGUGCACUGCUUUUGUUUCCUGGCCUAUCCCUAGGGGCCUGUACUCUCUGCUCUUUUCAAUAAACAACACUUGGGUUA